AUGAGUGGUUGCACACUGAUUACAAGGGAUAAUAAUCACUCAUUGAACGGUUAUGAAGGUUUAUGGAUACCUCUGGCAUCAGAACAUGCUAGUCCCUUAGAUUUAGCUGUGAUCAUGUACGUGAGUGGACCAACAGGUCGACCUAAAGGAGUUGAAAUGACCCAUGAAAAUUUAAUAAAAUCAGAGUUUGGCAAAAUUGUUUUGAAAUCAGAAAAUGAAGUGGAUUUAUCAGAUGAAGUGAAAGGAUUCAUUAAAGAUGUCGAGAAGUAUGACUUCAUUAGACUCAGUCUUCCUGAUAUAAAUGGAAUCCAUCUGAGUAAGUUGCUUCCUACCCGCUUUGCUAAGAAGUUGGCAAUGGGCCAGGUGGAAAUGUAUUCAGGGUCUAUAGCAUUCGGACCAAGAUUUGAAAUGAUCAGCAUCCCAGAAGUGGUUGAAAGGAAACAUAUUAACAGUGUUUUGAAGCCAGAUUUCUCGACUCUGCAUCCGUGUCAUUGGAUUUCACAAAAGAAUUAUCCUUACACACAAAAGGACAAUAACAUGUUUUUGAACGGAGAAGAUGGUAAAUAUUCAUUUUGUUCCGUUUUGUGCGAUAUAUACUGGCCUAAUAACCAGCCAAUGUAUGCCUAUCCAAGAUUUGUUGCUCAAAGGCUUAUCAAAGAGCUGGAGGAUAAAUAUAAUCUACGGCUAUAUUCAGCUUUUGAACCGGAGUUUAGGGCUUUUGUAAAGGGAAGCUAUGAGUCAUCGUGUUUAGAACCAAAGUCGAACGACGUUACCCAAUUUAUUGACCUUAAAAAACCAAUCCCUUGGACAAAUUUUAGAGACAUGUACAGAACAAGUUUACUGUCCGUUUAUGAAAACUAUUUUGCGGAUAUUGAUUACAAUAUGCAGCUAGCAGGGAUCGAUAUACAAGAUUACAGUAAUGAAGAUGGCGAAGGACAGUUAGAAUGUCCGUUAAUACCAACAUGGGGGUUGUCGGCUGCAGAUAAUUAUUUUAUAUUGAAACAGGCUGUAAAAGAAAUUGGAACUAAACAUGGGAUGGAAAUUUCGUUUAUGACUACACCAUUACUGGAUUCCAGCUCUAGUGGGUGUCAUUACAACCAUUCUCUGUGGUACUCUGAUAAUAAUCGUAAUGCAUUUUACGAUGAUAAAGAUCCUGAUCGAUUAUCUACUCUAGCUCGUCACUGGAUUGGAGGGAUCUUGGAACAUUUACCAGCUAUGUUAGCUAUUUCUUGUCCAACAGUAAACUGCUAUAGAAGACUGCAUAAACAUCUUGCUCCCUCCUGUGUGAAUUGGGAUUUUCAUGAUAGGUAUGUAUCAAUUCGUGUAAAAAACUUUAAUGAGAGACAGACAUACAUAGAAAAUCGUAUACCAUCGUCCGCAUCUUGUUCUUACCAUGUGCUUGCUGCCACAAUAGCAGCUGGACUAGAUGGCUUGGAACGUCAGAUACACCCUCCACCUUCAGGUUUGAAACUAGCAAAUGGUCAAAUUGGUGUCUGUAAAGUACUUCCCAAUACAAUUCAACAGGCUCUACAUAGUCUUAUGGAUGACAAAAUACUUGUGAACAAGUUGGGAGCAGAUUUUGUUGAUUGGUAUAUUCAAGUAAAAAAGAAUGGAGAUUUGUCAUCACUUGGUCAUUUAAAUAUACAUGAUAAUACUGAAGAAACACUGGCUUAUGAAAGAUAUGAAUAUUUCAACUUUAUGUGA